AUGCCCAAUCAAUCCUCCUCCAAAACAAAAUCAGACAAAAAAUCGAAGACCCCUUCGACUAAUCCCACUCUCAGCAAUCCAAUGCUCGUCAACUUCUCUCCUGAAUUCCUGCAAAAGGUGCAGAGUGCGUCGCAGUGGCAGGAUAUCGUAGACCUGAUCUGCAAAGAGCUCAAACUUCCCGAUAUCAACACUCGAUCUGGGUUGAGAAGAAUUCAUAAGGAUUUCGACACUAUUCAACGAAUGCUAAAUGUACUUUACGCAACCUCUGUCACCGAUGUCAUUGCCGCUGGCGUCGUCGCACUCUUUGGAGAGCUGGCAAAGGAUGGAGUGUUACUCGAAAGGCUGAUAAAAGAGGCUGGCUUCCUCGAAAUCGCCGUGAAAAUGCUCGAUGAUUGGAAUUCGAUACGAAAGCCAUACAUCAUGAUGAUUAUCGAAACCCUCUGUCGUACCAUUUGCUCCUGUGAGCGCGACCUUUGUCCACAAGUGGCCGAAAAAGCAGCACCCAUGCUCAUGCGGCUCCUCGAAGACCGACCAUUCCCCGAGAGUGACCGGGGGGAGAUCGCCCUUAAAGACAUUGUCGUAUUCGCACUCUCGCAUUGCGUUCGCCCCCUCACCCCCGUAGAAGAAGGGCAGAAACCUUCUCCUGUUCUCGAGAAGCUAGACACGAAACGUCUCACGCGGCUCAUGGUCUCCCUUGCUCGUAAUCCGAGAUAUUUUGAACCCGUUUUCAGAUGUCUUUGGAGCUCGACUUACAGUUGUAGUUCCGCAUUCUGGGCCACACCAAGCGCCAUCGAUUUCUUGGUGGCGUGCACCAAAAGUACACAGUUCGACACUCGAAACUCAGCCAUCCUCAGCCUCUUAUUUCUCUACGCUCCGAUCGAAGAACCCGACGACCAACCUAUCUAUAUGUCUGAACAGUUCAUGGUCGAACUCCAACAGAAGCUGGCCGUCGCUCCCGCAAGCAUUAGGAGUAGGAUAGCUGAGCGUGGAGCAAAUCGGUCUGAGACGUCACUCAUUAUUCAGACGUGGUCCGACUGCGAAUGGGAGAUGUCUUGUAUCAUAGAUGCACCAAGCCCCGACUGGGUCUCUCUGGGCCACAAACUCGUCGAGUGGAUCCUUCGUUCGGAGUACAUUCCCAACGGGGCUUGGCUAGACGAAGACCUCAAAACUCGGCAACAUUGGCCUUGCACUACCUUCUUCGACACUCUACCUUACUGUGCGAGGGUCCUUCGAGCACGGACACAAUCCCCGGAAUACCAGAAUAAAGCCGAUAUCCUCGAUAUUAAAUACCUCAUUCUAACGGACGAACUGAAACGGGCUAGUACCAUGGCUCAAAACUCGCUCAAACGAAGUCCUGAGGUCGCUUUCUUCUACCACGCCGCCUCCAUCGGCGCCGAACCGAAAGAGGGCUUACGUUUUUCGAAGAAGGGGUUGAUGUGCCCAGAUCUUACAGACAGAGUACGGUUUGACCUCCUGUAUCGGGCGUCGUGGCACGCUUUGGGGUUGGCUCAGAUGAAGAUAUUGGUAAACAGUGUGGAUGAGGGAUAUGCCUUCGCGAUGUCUGCGUUGGAGGACUCGGGAACAUACAUCCGGGAGUGUCCUUCGGACUCAAGAAGGCUAAGAACAGUGGUUUGCAUACAUGCGCUCUCGUUGAUGUUGGUUAAAGGUCCGGAGUUGACAGCGAAGUCGCCUGAGCUGAAGAAUGUGCAGGAGAUGCUGGACUGGGUCGAUGAAUUUGCAAAGUUUGAAGGACGCCAUAUACUCAGAGCUAGAGAACGUUUCGCCACAAUCACACUCCUUCGACGUCUCGACCACGCUUGGGUAGAAUGGGCAUCGGUUCUGCGACAAGCCGAUGCUUAUCGCGGUGCUCAUCCGAUGCAUCCGCAGAAUACGGAUGAAUACCUCGCGACGCUGCUCGACAGGACCAGCCUCCAAGACUCAGAAAUUUACCCUGAAGGCGAAUCAAAGAAAGAAAGAUAUGGGUUAGAGCCUGGUGGGGAGUCAUCGAGUGACUUGUAUCGCUGUUCGUGGUGCGGAAUGCCUAGUGCAGUGUUGAAGAGGUGUAAGGCUUGCGAGAAGGCUAGAUACUGCGACGAGGCAUGUCAAUCACGAGAUUGGAAGGGACAUAAGAAGAUGUGUGGCAAGAAGACGGACAAGUCUGAGUCUUCUCCAAGUGCGGCAUAG